AUGGGGAGCAUAGCUACGAUGCGUGCUGCGCAGUUUCAUCGGGAUACUGGCAAGAUCCAGGUAAAUGAAGUUCCCAUUCCCGAGCCCGACGACACGGAGAUAUUGGUGAAGAUAAAAUCCGCCUCUUUAUGCCAUUCAGAUAUCAUGGCGAUUGAAGGUUGGACGCCAACGCCGAGUAGCGUUAAGCCCAUCACGCUGGGCCAUGAAGGCGCUGGGGUUGUCGAUAAACUUGGCUCUAAAGUCACUGGAUUUAAAGCUGGAGAUCGGGUGGGAUUCCUGUACAUCACGGGAUGCUGCUGGUUCAACACGGUUGAAUCAUGCGAACUGAAGCCCGGGGAAUGGCUCGCAGUCGUCGGCUGUGGGGGUUUGGGCCAGGCCGCCGUACAAUAUGCGAAGGCCAUGUCGGCCAAGGUAAUCGCACUGGACAUCAACGACGAAACCCUAGCCGAAGCCACGAGGGUUGGCGCUGAUCUCACGUUCAACUCGGCAACGAAUCCGAAUUACCUGGAUGAGAUCAGAAAGGCCACCGGAGGUGGGGUGCGCGCCGCCGCUGUCUACAGCGCUUCAAUUGCAGCGUACGAGAACGCCAAAAACACGUUGCGGAUAGGGGGACUUCUGAUGGCCGUGGGUCUGCCUGCGAAGUCGUUCCCGGUGAAUUUGACCGAGAUCAUUACUGGCCUGUAUCGGCUCAAGGGCGACUGUACUGGCAUUCCACAACGCAUGGCUCACGCCAUCGACUUCACCGCGAAGCAUGGCAUUGAACCGAACGUUGUCAGCUUCCACAAGUUGGAGGAGGUCCCGGACAUGAUUGCAAAAAUGAGGGCGCAAAAAUCCACGGGAAGGAUGGCUCUGAAGGUGGCUUGUUCUCUAGAUGCUAUAGUAUACAUCAACAACAAGUAUCAUCCUGUUUCGAACAAUUGCCAGAAGGUCGGGAAAACCGCCGACAACCCGUCCUCACCGAUCGAAGUCUAG